UUUGACCAUGACUCAGUCUUCUUUUUCCAACCACUGCCAACUUGGUCCACUUUUUUCUUCUCUUCUCUCUUCUUUAGUCCUUGCCCUUCACCUUUUUUUCCUUCCUCUUUCCAAAGUCUACCUCUUUCUUUCUUACUUUCUCUCAUUCAACCAAAAGAUUGCUCACAAAGGAGGAAUAAUGGCAGUGACACCUUUCGUUUCCCUCUCUUUCUUGUUUCUCUUUCUCCAUUACCCCCUCCUAUCCCUGUCAACCAAUCCGGAAGGGAAUGCUCUGCAUGCUUUGAGAAGCAGGCUUUCUGAUCCCAACAAUGUGUUGCAGAGUUGGGACCCAACACUGGUUAAUGCCUGUACUUGGUUCCAUGUUACCUGUGAUUCCAACAAUCAUGUGAUUCGCUUAGACUUGGGCAACUCUAACGUUUCUGGGACUCUGGGCCCAGAACUUGGCCAGCUACAGCAUCUUCAGUACCUGGAACUCUACAGAAAUGACUUAACAGGAAAGAUUCCUGAGGAACUUGGUAACUUGAAGUCACUAAUCAGCAUGGAUUUGUAUGAUAACAAGUUGGAGGGAAAGAUUCCAAAGUCCUUUGGAAAGUUGAAGUCACUUAAAUUCCUGCGGAUAAACAACAACAAGUUGACAGGAUCCAUCCCAAGAGAACUCACUCAUCUCACUGAUCUCAAAAUCCUUGAUGUUUCUAAUAACGACCUAUGUGGAACAAUACCAGUAGAGGGCAACUUCGAAUCUUUCCCAAUGGAAAGUUUUGAAAACAACAGGUUUUGUGGUCCUGAACUGAAAGGACUUGUUCCAUAUGAUUUUGGAUGCUGAAGAAAGAUAUAAAUCGCAAGGAAGAGGCUUAGUUUACUUGGGAAAGGAAGGGAAAGGGUGGUGUUAAUUGCCCAUCAAAAUUUCCUCACCAUUCUUACACUCUUAGAUGGGAAAAAGUUGAAAUAUGUGUUUUUCUUAUUUUGUUAUAAAGAAAGAAGUGAUUUAAAAAUGUUCUGAAAAACAAUUGUGUGUAAAUAACAUUGUUAAUGAUGUAUGUUUCACCCGAAUAGGAAUCUAAAAAUGUCAGGCUUGUAUGUC